AUGAAUGAAUUAAACCCUCCAAAAAAUCCUUUGAAAGCAGAUAUCAAUGAACUAGAAUUCCAUGACGAUCGAAUCGAUACCAACAUAAAUUUAUUACCCGAAGUAUCGAAAACGAUCUCUUUCGAUGCAGUCAUACAAAAAUGCGGGCAUCUUGGACGAUUUCAACUUACACACUAUUUCCUUAUGAAUCUUAUUUCCAUCAGUGCUGCAACCGUUGGUUACUAUUAUGUUUUUGCUGCAGCUGACAUUGAUCAUCGAUGUCGACUACCUGAGAAUGUAUGGCCAAAUGAUAAUCAAUACAAUCCAAUCAAUAAAACGCAUGAACUAUUAAUUAAUCGUUACAUACCAAAAACAAACGAUGGCAGAAAAUGGGAACAAUGUGUUCGAUAUUUAAAUGGAACUAGGAAUGAUACUCUUAUGAAUUGUCCAAAUGGAUGGGCUUAUGAUCGAUCAGUCUUUGGAUAUACGUUUACUGAAGAAGCUAAUUUUGUUUGUGGGAAUGCGUCGAAAAAGAGUUCGAUAGCUACAUUUAUGCAAUAUGGUGGCUUUGCAUUACUUGUUAUUGCACCAAAUGCUGAUAAAUUUGGUAGAAAGAAAGUAAUAACUACUGUUAUUAUUUUUCUGUUUGUAACAUGCUUGAUUACUCAGGCAAUGCUGCAAUGGAUAUCCAUGUCCAUCGGCACAAAAUUUUAUUUUAUUUUGGCCAAUCAAUUUGCAUCCGGUCUUACUACUGCUGUAUUUAGUCUAAUAUUUGUUCUUAUGUUGGAAUUAACAUCAUCAGCUCAUAGAGGUUUUGCUGGAAACAUGGCACUUGUUUUAUUCACUACGGGCGAAGGUUUUGUUACGUUAUUUGCUUAUUUAGCAAAAGAUUGGCAAAUAUUGAAAUGGAUUAAUACAGCUUUGAUUGGUCUUAUACUCCCUUAUUUGUAUUUUAUGCCUGAAUCCCCGUUAUAUUUAUAUUCUAAACAAGACUAUGUUCGAUUGGAAGCACUACUACGACGAAUUGCAACUACAAAUAAGCGAAAAGAAGCCGAUUGGUAUCCUGCGUAUCAAGAACUUGUUCGUAAUCAAUCAGUUACAUCGUCACACGAUAAACAAUUAUCAUUUUUUCAAAAGAAUCGUGAAAUUCUAGCUCAUCGAUCAAUUGUUGUUAAAUUAUUAAUUACUGGUUUACUUGGUUUCACAACAUUGAUGCUCUAUGUCAAAAUAAGUUAUAGCUUAGCUGCAAUGAGUAUUUCGCCAUAUUUAGGAAUACUAAUUGGUGGUGCUCUCGAAGCAGCUGGCUAUAUAACUGGUUCUUUACUUAUAUCAACAAGACUCGGGCGUAAAGGUUCAUUCAUACUUGUGGCAAUAGUAAUAAUUAUUUGUGUUAUCCUUAUUCCCAUCAUUUCGAGUCAUAGUCCAAUCGCGACUGUCUGUAUCACUCUAGUCGGAAAAUUUUUUAUAUCAAGUACCAUAGCUGUAUCAUGGAUAUAUGCACCAGAACUUUUCACAACUACUAUUCGAAAUGGUGCUAAUGGUAUCUUUGUGGCGUGUUGUCGUAUCGGCUCUAUCCUCCCACCUAUUAUUGAUACCUCAAUUAACAAAGCCUAUUUACCUUAUACAUUUUAUGCAUCAGCCGGUUUAGCUUUUAUCGUUAUUUUGUUAACAUUACUUUUACCAGAAACAAAAUCGAAAUCAAUGGAUGACGAAGAAGAUUAUGAAAAAAAUCAGUGA